AUGUUUGGCUGUGAAGCUAAAGUCGGAUUAAAUAGUCUUCCUAAAGAUGCGCUAGUUGAACUGUCAACAGAAGAAGAGCUAGAAUCUAUACUGAAUGAAAACGAAAACCAGUUGAAUGAGGAGAGGGAAACGGAACCCAAUAUUACCGACGCUGUGAUUAAUAAAGAUGAAGAAAUAGAAAGCGAUACUACAAAAAAAAACACUGAUUCGCAAAAUGAAAUUCCAAAUAACCUGACAGGAAAAUCUGAUAAAGAUACAGAAAACCAAGGAAAUACUAAAGAUCCGUCAAAAAUAACGCAAAGUGACCAAGAAAUAGUAAUUACUCUCGAUAAAGAGAAACAAGAUAUAGGAAACAACAGAAAAUUUGUUGAACAAUCUCUGAAAAAGCAACCAAAUAAAAUGUUAGCUCUAUCUUCAGUAAAAAUCUUGAUGUAG